AUGAACGAGGGCAGAGAUGCUCGCGCGGUCUUCGAUAGUCUGAUCAAGAUUAAAGUAGGGGAUGCCACGCAACAAUUAAGCCACACCCGGGCCAUCGCUAAUCAUACCGGACGCUUCGGAAUAAAAAAAACAACCAAACCGCUCCUGACACCACGCCCACACCACGAUCUUUUUCGCCUGCUCCUCCGGGCGCCUCCCAACGGACGCCAGGACGGGCGGGCCUCCGCCGCCCGCCAAUCCACCGGGCUCCGGCGCCACCCGCUGAGCACGCCCCUCGCCUACCCCGGGGCUGCUUCACCACCGAACGCUGCCACUUCACCGGGCAGCGCCGCCCAACUGCCGCCUACGACCUGCGCCCUCCCUGUCGCCCCACCCUCCCACCGCUCCAUCCUUGGGUUCCCUCACCGAACGCCCUCCCGACGACCACUUCUCCACCAGCAGCGCCACCCCGCUCCUCAGCUGCACCUCCACCAGCGAAUGGCUGCUUCGAUCAACAUCGACAGUUUCACGGCGGGUUGUUCUGCGGCAGGAGGAUUCACAGCGUGCUGGGUGGUCUCGGUGUCCGAUGCCAUCGCGGGUUGCCUCCACUCCCCCGCCGUCGCCGCUCAACUCGGUCUUCGUCGGCGCCGCUCAUUUCGGCCUCUGUUGCCGCUCUCCGAUCCUCCUACUUCGACCCCUCACCGGUUCUGACGAGAAGAAGUAGAGCUGGGAGGAUGCGGAGGGAAGCGGAUUUUUACUAGCUCAUUGCGCGCGCAACGUAUAUCUGAUCCACCCAUCCAUCCUAGACGUCAAAUCAACAUGCAGCUGGUCUCAUGCAUGCAUGUCAACAUCAAUAGGUCCUAUACUAGAAAUCUGACACAAGGUACACAAGGCAUCGGUGAUGGGCUACUUCACCAUAUUUGCUAGCAAAGUUAAUAUAUCACCAUAACUUCUAAAUAAACUAUGCAAAUUUGAAUUCGUUUAUGUAUUUGAGUUUCUCACGGCUAGCUCUACGAAACAAGUCCAAUAUUGAUAUAUUUCUAAAAAAGUUUCAUAAACAUUUCAUCAAAGUUCAGACAAGUUGUUCAUAAAGUUCUUCGGUUCCAGAUACAUUUUCUAGAGAAGUUCUUUAAUAUUUCGAAUAAAGUGCAGAAAACCUAUUUAUAAAGUUCCUCAGCUCCUGGUCCAGUUUAUUUAUCACUUUGCAAAUGAAAAUGAGAAGUUCUUCACUAUGCCAAGCAAAGUUCCUCACUGAAAACACUGAUAAUCUUCUAAAAAAAUCAUAUUUCAAUUCCAGUUAAAAAAUAUGUUCAAAAAUUGAAUAACUUGGUGU